GUGAUAUGCUCGUUAGUUGUAGUAACUACCAACUCGAGCGCGCGUUUUGGUUCCGGAUCGAAAUUUUUGAUUUUUUUCGGAAAUGGCAAAGACGCGCUGUUAUUGGUUCAUAUUGGUACUAGUGAUAGUGGAAAAAUGUUUCGGGAAUAACCAGAAGCCUAAUAUUGUCGUUAUCAUCGCAGAUGAUAUGGGAUUCAAUGAUGUGGGAUUCCAUGGUAGCGAUGAAAUUCCCACCCCCAAUAUUGACGCCCUCGCUUACAAUGGGGUCAUCCUCAACUCCCACUAUACUCAGGCCCUUUGUACUCCCUCAAGGGCAGCAUUUUUGACAGGAAAAUACCCCAUCCAUACGGGAAUGCAGCAAUUGGUCAUUCUGGAACCAGAACCAUGGGGACUGCCUUUGAACGAGACCAUCCUGCCUCAGUACUUGAAAAGGAACGGUUACUCCACCCACGCUGUGGGCAAAUGGCACUUGGGCUUUUUCAAAAAGGAGUACACGCCCACAUACAGGGGCUUCGACACACACUACGGGUACUGGCAAGGGCUGCAGGACUACUACAGUCACAUGACUCAUGCAACGUAUAGUCCUGAAGAAGGCUACGACAUGCGAAGAAACAUGGUGCCAGAUUAUAGCGCCAGGGGAAAAUACAGUACGACUCUGUUCACAGAAGAAUCGGUCAAAUUGAUCAGAGAACACGAUACCAAAAACCCGAUGUUUCUGUAUUUGUCACACCUUGCCCCGCAUACCGGAAACGAUAAUGAUCCGCUUCAGGCUCCUGAUGAAGAAAUAGCCAAAUUUGCCCAUAUCCAAGAUCCAGAAAGACGAAUAUAUGCAGCAAUGGUCUCAAUGUUGGACCAAAGCGUCGGAACAGUGAUUUCUGCCCUAAGAGAAAAGCACAUGCUGGACAAUUCCAUCAUAUUAUUCAUAUCAGACAACGGCGCAAAUCCUCAAGGUAUCCACGCCAACCAUGGCUCGAAUUUUCCAUUCAGAGGGACCAAACAUUCUGCUUGGGAAGGGGCCCAAAGGAACAUAGCAGCUAUUUGGAGCCCUCGCAUCAAGAGGAAUCAAAGAGUGUCCAACCACCUGAUGCACCUGUCGGACUGGCUGCCUACCUUCUAUUCUGCAGCAGGUUUGAACAAGACCGAACUGCCAUCAAACCUAGACGGUCUCGACAUGUGGGAAGCCAUCUCCGAAGCCACACCGAGCCCAAGAACAGAACUCGUAUACAACAUAGACGACGUGCUGAACUACGGCGGCAUCAGACAAGGCAAAUGGAAGUACGUCUACGGAUCCACCAAUAAGGGCAAAGCCGACAAAUGGUUCGGCGAUGCCGGCAAAAAUACACUCUACAACUACGACCAGAACGCCAUUCUCCACUCCAAAGUCAACAGCGCCCUUGCAGGACUGAUAACCUACCAGCAGAUGCGGGAAAAGAACGAGAAGAAGAGCUUCAGCGUCGAGCUCAUGGACAAGCGAAAAAUCGCAGAGCUGCGGGCAGCCGCUACCGUCAAGUGUCCGUCCCUAGGUGAGGACCAACUGGAAUCGACAAAGUGCAACCUAGUAGACUCCCCCUGCCUCUUCAACAUCGAGGAAGACCCCUGCGAACGCACCAACCUCGCCGCUGUCCGCCCCAACAUAGUCACCAACCUGGAGAGGGCUAUCAUGCGCUUUCGUUUAUCCGCCGUGGCCCCUAGGAACGUGCCUAGGGACCCCAACGCGGAUCCUAGCAGGUGGAACGGCACUUGGACCAAUUGGGUCGACUGCGAGAACGAAGCGAAGCGCAGCCGGUUGCCGAUGAGCUUGUCGCCGGUUGCUAUUGGUUUGAUUUGUUUGGCGGGACUGACGGUGGUUUUGUUGGUCGUGGUGUUGUUGGCGAUCAGUUUGUGUAGGCGUAAAAGGUCUAGGAAGGGGUUUGAUAGAGAAGCGAAAGCUCAGAAGGAAGGUGCUAAAAUGAUUGAUGGGGAGAGGACUGGGUGGGAACAGAUAUAGGUUUGUUUUGUAUUCAUGUUAUUUUUUAAGGAAAUUACAUUCGAUACUUUGGAGUGUGGAAUGUUUGGAGGUUAUUUUUUCAGUUUGAGAUUUUUCAAAUUGAAAUUAAUAACAAAAGCAUUUUCAAAUGUACUGGGCUCACCCAGAGAUAAUGAGUUAGUUCUCCUCGAACGAAUUAUCAUAGA